AUGUCAUCAGUUGAGACAAUCACCGCAUCGACGGAAGCAUGGCCGUGGUCGGUUGGAAGCAUGGACUGGCUCGCGACUCGCAAACGAGAGCAUGAUCUGGCAGAGACGCAGCAAAAGCAACAAGCUCGACCUGAAGACAUGACCACUUCGACAUCAAGCACCGAAUCAAAAACACAAACAUCAACACCCUCCAAAUUCCUCUCUCUCCCGCCCGAGCUUCGCAAUGAGAUCUACACCGCCCUCUUCCCGCCUUCAUCUGAAGGCAGCGUGCAACGCAUCAAGCCCGGCUACGAGCUUCCGGGUCUCUUGCUCACUUGCAAGCAAAUCCACUCCGAAUGUAUGGGAUUGUACUACAGCAACAGCAUCUUUCGCUGCCUGGACGAGGACUCGGCCGUCUCUUGGCUAACCAAUCUUCCGCCCAAAUGGCUGGACAUGAUCGAGGAAGUGAGGUACGAUACGAGGUGGAUCAUCUUCAUGACGCCGUUUAUUCCGGUUCCGGAGGCGGAGUGUUGGCUUUUUCAGAAUCUGAUCAAGCGAUUGAACGCACGGGGCUUUGAUAUCAAUGGGCUGGGAACAAGGGUCGGUCCUGAUGGCGUGGAGCUGGGCGAUGGGAAGUUGAAAGUCAGCUUCUAUGGCAGUGGUGGCGUGAAGUGGACGGACAAGCCGGGGUUGAUCGAUCCCGUGAGGGGUGCUUGA